CUGACGCUGGAUAGGACCCAGUGUCGUGAAAUUCAAUCCACCGCGGGGUUCGAUUCGACGGCUUCUUCUCUCCCCACCAUCAUCUUCGUCUUUCUCUCUUUUGGGAAUAUUUACUGCCCGGUGUUGCCCUCCGCUUGAACUUGAUUCCGGUAAUUCUUUUUCACCACUUCUCUUUUCUUCUCGACAAGGAGGGACCCGCUUUUGUCUGGGCACGAAGGACACAACCCUUCGCCGAAGAUUUCGGAUUUGUUCGUCGGGUGCUCAAGAGGGAGAGAGCGAAGGUUUGGGGAUAAUCCCGUAUGCUUGGUUUCUCUGCAACGUAUUUGGGGACGCAAGGAUUUGCAUUUACAGCUGAAUAGCCAUAAGGUCUUCCCCCGACAAGCAAAAUUACAUGCCAAGGGUGGAAAUAGCCAGAUGCGAAAAACCCCUCCGUUCCCGAAUUGUUCUUGAAUAUCGGAAUCCUUUGAUUGUUGUUUUAUGGAUUCAACAUUUUCGACCUUGAGUUUUGUAAUAUUUGGCUUUACCAUUAGCCUUUAUGUUUUACUUGUUGAAUCCAAGAUAGAGAGUAGUAAUGUAAUGGCAUCAUCUCCUCCUCAACCCCCGCCGCCGCCGCCUCCUCCUCCUCCUCCCCCUCCGCCGCCAUCGCCUCCACCUCCUCCAUCACCACAACCUCCUUUCCCGCCCCCACCUCCGCCUCCAGCAUCACAUCCACCGUCCGGAUCUUUACUGCCGCCGCCGCCGCCGCUACAACCAACUGCACCGACUACUCCACCACAUCCCGCCUCCCAGACGAAUGAAGUGACGGUGGACAAAUUCCCGCCACCUGCUGAUGACGACAACCGCCUUAACCAACUCCGGCAACCGGCGCCCCCUAUGAAUGCAGGGAAGAAGAUUGGGCUAUUGUUUCUGGGUAUGGCGGCAGUCACGCAAGUCGGGGUGAUUGGGUUAUUAAUAUAUAAGCGAAGGCAACUCUUAAACGACUUAUGACAGAUAUGAAACUUGUUGUUUUUGGAAAAUUGCUCUGCGAGUUCUCUCGUCAAUUCUUCAUAAUGUGCUAGAAUUGAAAUUCUUGACUGAGAUUUUGUAUGACCUGGCAAGAACAGAGCAAGCAAGGGGUACAAGAAUUGAACAUCAGUUGUGGAUUGCUUGCGGCAUCGUUGUUCCCAUUUGGGCCUUCAGAGUUUUCUGUAUAUUGGUAUUGUUACUUGAUGUUUUCUUGUCUUCAAUGUUCAUUUCUGAUCGUAUCACUCCCUCCAUUAGUUUCUUUACAUGGCUUAUAAUUAAAAGAAGCCCUUUAUUUCUCUUCAGUUCUUUUGUUUUCUUUUUUCGCCUGACAUUUUCACUGUACAAUGAUGUUAGAAAGUAAUGGAAAUUUGACAAUGACAUUUGUUUACUCUU